CUUAAAAUCCAAAAAGAGCUCAGCAGUUCACUGUGCGCAUUACUCUCCCCCCUCCUCUCUCUCUCUCUCUCUCUCACCCUCCAUCCAUUUCUCUCUCCACACGCCAUUGCAGGAUCGGAUUCAAGGGGAAGAAAGCCCUAAUUUAUUCAGUUUGAUUAUCCUCUUGAAUCCUCAUUCAUCAAAAACUAAUAAACACUACUAAAACGUAGACAAAUAUCUACAAUCCCUAAACUCAUCGUUAUAACCUCGUUCCCCAAAUCUCACCAUCCAGACGAUCUGCUGUGUACAUGUAGAGAGAGAAACAUAUACAUACAUAUAUAUAGAGAGAGAGGGAAAUGCCAAGCGUUGCUGUAAAGCUUUACAGCGUAUUCUUCAAAUUCCUCCUCAAACACCGUCUUCAGAACCGCAUCCAAGGCCCCGCCGAUGACAACGCCAACAACAACCACACCGCCAACCCCUUCGGCGUCACCUCGCGGCCCGAAGAAUCGAUCGCCGCCGUCAACCCCUCCUUCACCGACGGCGUCGCCACCAAGGACAUCCACAUCGACCCUCUCACCUCCGUAUCCAUCCGCAUCUUCCUCCCCGACACGUGUCUAGAUUCCAGGCCCCAGUCGACAACCCCGAGAACCCCUAGGGUUAGGUCUUUGGUUAAACAACCCGAUUCGUUAGAAUCCGGGUCGGAUCCGAAUCGAUCUAUCCAUCGUCGAAACAGCUACGGACCGGAGCUUAAUAAUGUUGUUAAUAACUCCUAUGAGAAUCAUAGAAGGAAUAGUUAUGGGUGUAUUGGGAAAGACUUAGAUAACGGCGUGUACAGAGGGUAUUCGCCAUUAUCUAUUGGGAAUAGUAGGAAACUGCCGUUGAUGUUGCAGUUUCACGGGGGAGGGUUUGUGACCGGGAGCAACGAGUCGGUUGCGAAUGACUUUUUCUGUAGGCGGAUCGCGAAGCUGUGCGAUGUGAUGGUGAUUGCGGUGGGGUACAGGCUUGCGCCGGAGAACAGGUACCCGGGUGCGUUUGAGGAUGGGUUGAAGGUGCUGCAUUGGUUGGCGAAGCAGGCGAAUUUGGCAGAGUGCGGUAAAUCGUUGGGGAAUGCGAGGGGAGGCGGAGGCGUGGCGGAUUUGAGGAAGUCCGGGGAGGGGCAGAGGCAUGUUGCGGAUGCAUUCGGGGCGUCCUUGGUGGAGCCAUGGUUGGCAGCUCAUGGAGAUCCAUCAAGAUGUGUUCUUCUUGGAGUUAGCUGUGGUGCAAACAUUGCAGACUAUGUGGCUCGCAAAGCUGUUGAGUCAGGCAGGCUUUUGGACCCAAUCAAGGUGGUAGCACAGGUUUUGAUGUACCCAUUCUUCAUCGGCAACGUUCCAACACAUUCCGAAAUUAAACUGGCAAAUUCCUACUUCUUUGACAAAGCCAUGUGCAUACUCGCAUGGAAACUCUUUUUACCAGAAGAAGAGUUCAGCCUCGACCAUCCGGCAGCCAAUCCCCUCAUACCAAAUAGGGAACCCCCUCUGAAGCUCAUGCCUCCUACUCUAACAGUCGUGGCGGAGCAUGACUGGAUGAGAGACAGGGCGAUUGCUUAUUCCGAGGCGCUCCGGAAGGUAAAUGUCGAUGCACCUGUUCUUGAGUACAAGGAUGCCGUUCAUGAAUUUGCUACCCUUGAUAUGCUUCUUAAGACCCCUCAGGCACAGGCCUGUGCCGAGGACAUUGCCAUCUGGGUUAAGAAGUAUAUCUCGCUUCGAGGUCACGAGUUCUCUUAUUGAGUUGAGGAAAUCUCAUCUAUCACGGGAUUCGUGUGGGGGAACAUCAAGGGUACAUAUGUUCUUACUCGUACUUUUUGGGAUGUGAGGGACUCCCUCACAUCACAAUUUUGGGUGUAACUGUUCGGUGCGUUUUCUUUCAUCCACAAGGUCACUUCACAGAUGGGAAUCUCGAGAUUUUGAUCUUGUUGCUGAAAAAUGCACCGGAACAGAACUACACCAAAAAACGAAUACAAAGGAUCUGGUCCGGGAUGUGAGGCGGUUUGUUGGUUGUAUGUAUCUCUGUCUCCUUUGGCUCUUAUGGGUUUGGUUCACAAGUUUUCCCAUUUACUACUCCCAUUGCUGUUACCUUGUUUUGUAAGAUAGAGAACUUGUCCUGAGAGUAGGAUUUAGCUGAGGUGUAAGAUGAAAUUAUGCAAUCCAUGUGGGGUUGGCAGGCCUUGUUGGACAUUUUUUCAUCCGGGUAUAAAGAUGUAAUGUUGCUUCUUAUCCAAAAAAAGUAAAGAUUGUAAUGUUUCUGGUGAAUAGGGUUGAGUUGGAACUGAAUUGAAUGUUGAAUAAGAAAACUGCAUUCCUUA